AUGGAGUGCUCAUCCAAACAUAGAUCCAUCACCGCCAAGAAAAGGCUCACCCAGGACCAGCUUCACCUCUUAGAGACAAGCUUCAUCACCAAUCCCAAGCUUGAAGGAGAGAGCAAGCAGGAGCUGGCCUCCAAGCUUGGUCUCCCACCCAAACAGGUUGCCAUUUGGUACCAAAACAAGAGAGCCCGCUGCAAAACCGAGGCCAUUGAGCACGACUACGAGGCCACCCAACUUCAACUCCAAAAUGUUUUGGCACAUAACCAGCGGCUCCAGAGUGAAGUUGGCAGGCUCACACAUAAGCUCAACCAGGCUCAUCACUUGCUCUUUCUUGCAUCUAACCCCUCUGCUGCUUCUGCUUCUGCUUCUGCUUCUACUUCUGCUCCUAGUUUCAGUGUUCCUGGAAGCUCCAGCUUGAACUCCCCUGCAAGCAUGAAUUCCAUCUGGGAAAAUGCUGAAGUUCUGCCUAUUAUGGAGGAGCUUUAUGCCUGUUUGCUCGAAUGA